AGGCGGGGCGGUGUGUGACGUCAUCGCCACGGGGCGGAGGCGACGGUGUCUGAAGAGACUCGGCGCGUGCUGCCAACGCUGGCCUCCCGGCUUGGAAGCUGCUAGAAGACCAGACGCUGUCCGCUUUCCCUUGGUGGUCCACCCACACCUAGUCCCGCCUGAAGAUGGCAGACGAUCUUGGAGACGAGUGGUGGGAGAACCAGCCUGCAGGAGCAGCCAGCAGCCCAGAGGCAUCAGAUGGUGAAGGAAGAGGAGACACAGAAAUGAUGCAGCAGGAGACAGCUCCAGUUCUGGCUCUGUCAAAGAAAACCAAACAGCCUAAAGAAUGUUUCUUAGUACAACCAAAGGAAACAAAAGAAAAUGCCACCAAGACAAGGAAGAGAAGAAAGAAGAAGAUUACUGAUGUUCUUGCAAAAUCAGAGCCAAAACCAGGGACUCCUGAAGACCUACAGAAGCUGAUGAAGGACUAUUACAGCAGCAAUCGCUCAGUGAUUGAGUUAGAGGAACUAAACCUACCAGACUCCUGUUUCCUCAAAGCCAAUGAUUUGACUCAUAGUCUUUCAUCAUACCUAAAAGAAAUCUGCCCUAAGUGGGUAAAACUUCGGAAAAAUCAUAAUGAGAAGAAAUCGGUCCUGAUGCUGAUCAUCUGCAGCUCUGCCCUCCGGGCCCUGGAGCUUAUUAGGUCGAUGACAGCAUUCAGAGGAGACAGCAAAGUUAUGAAAUUAUUUGCAAAACACAUAAAGGUCCAGGAGCAGGUAAAGUUGCUGGAGAAGCGUGUUGUGCACCUGGGUGUAGGAACUCCAGGAAGGAUUAAAGAACUCAUUAAACAAGGUGGCCUUAAUUUGAACCCCUUAAAAUUUCUGGUUUUUGACUGGAACUGGAGAGAUCAGAAGUUGAGGAGGAUGAUGGACAUUCCCGAGAUAAGAAAGGAGGUUUUUGAACUUCUGGAAAUGGGAGUCCUCAGUCUGUGCAAGUCAGAAUCUUUGAAGCUGGGCCUUUUCUAAGUCUGGGUCCUAUGAAAAUUCCAGUUUUUAUGGGAUUUGCAUCUCGUUUAAUAGCUCUGGAAUAUUGCAAGCACUCAGUAAAUAUCAGCUAUUGUUUUAUUAUGUUAACUGCAUCACCAGAUGAAUCACUAGAAAUUUUUGAUGGAGAUUCUUUGACAAAACUGAAGCUGUCCUUUGCCAACCUCUCUGUAUAAUAAAGUAUCACCAGCUUGUGUGUGAUUUUUUUUU